UCAUCUGGGCCGAGGUCGGAUCUGCAGUGCAGCUCUCCCUCCUCCGUUUGGUUAGGCCUGGGCUCGGGCACAUAGGUAGUGCCCCUGCGAAGAUUCCCUCUGCAGCGGUCCCGGAGGGCUUGAUGCAGAGGGAAGGAGGAACACGGCGGAUCGGCACUGUGAUGUGUCCCUUCCGGCCGGCAGGCGGAUGACGUCAGACGCCGGGGGCGGAGCUAAGCGCGCUGACGUCAUCAACAUGCGCCACAGGUCCUGCAGCAUGAGAAGCACAUGGAGACACUAUAAAAACGCUCAGGACCUGUGUAACGGCGCCCUGCAUAGCGCGGCUCACAUAUUUUGGUGAAGCAUCUCUGAAGCGGUCGGGAGUCAAGAUGAGCACCCCCCUCACGCCGGGCUCUGGAACCGAGCCUGCAUCAAACCCUGGGACAGGAGAAAAGGAUUCGGCUUCUGCAGCCAAAAAAACUAGAAAAUGUGGUAUUUGCUGCAAAAGAUUGUCUAACACUGGAUCCAAGCCCCUGUGUAAAGAAUGUACUGCCAGUGUCAUCAAGUCUGAGUCUUCUAGUCUAAUUGAAGACAUUAGAAAAGUGGUAAAAGAAGAGGUUCAGCUAGCCUUAACUACCAGAGAACCUACUCCCCCCAAAGUUCCCCCCACUCAGGACGCCCGUAGUGUUAAAUCACUUAUCCUGGAUUCCGACUCUGAGGGGCUGGCGGUCUCAGACUCCGAAUCUGUCCAAAAACACCCGGCAUCUUCAGAUGAAGAGGGCGAAUAUAAGCGCUUCCUGUUCAAUCCUGAAGAUAUUGAUGAACUUAUCAGGGCCAUCAGGGCCACCAUUCAGAUGGAGAUGCCUAAAACCCCUAGGUCUACCCAGCAGAAAAUUUUUGGGGGUCUAGGUGAAAGGAAGAAGGCCGUUUUUCCAGUCCCUGAUAGUGUCCAAAAAUUAAUUAGGUCUGAAUGGGAAAAACCGGAUAAAGGAUCCUUUAUCCCAAGAGGAAUUAAGAGGCGCUACCCCUUUAGCCAAGAGGACUGUACGGAUUGGGAGACCAUUCCCAAAGUAGACGCGCCAGUGGCCAAGGUAGCAAAACAUACGGCCCUACCGUUUGAAGACUCAGCACAAUUGAAAGAUCCUCUAGACAGGAAAGCGGAGAGUCUCUUGCGAAAGACCUGGGAGACUACGGCGGCCCUUCUCAAACCGGGCGUUGCCUCCACAUGUGUGGCCAGAACACUGAACCUUUGGCUAGACCAGCUAGAGAUACAUCUGGUCAAUAAGACACCACGGGAUCAAAUUCUAGAGAGCUUGCCUCUAUUAAAGAUGGCAACCUCCUUUCUAGCAGACGCAGCUGCUGAAUCAGUUAAACUGUCCGCCCGUACAGCUGUUCUCUCAAAUACAGCGAGAAGGGCACUAUGGCUUAAAGCGUGGUCAGGAGAUAUCACAUCUAAAAAUAAAUUAAUCGCACUCCCCUUCCACGGUCAGUACGUUUUCGGAGAAGAUCUAGAUAAAAUCCUAGACAACGCGACAAAUAAAAAAAGAGGGUUUCCAGAGGAAAGAUAUAAACAAAAAAGGCAGCCCUUUCGUGACCGAUUUUUUCAACCCGAAAAUAAAAAAGAUAAAGGGAAGACUGGGAGGUGGAGCUAUGCGAAGGGAGGCAGGGGGAGAAGCUUCCUCUUCAACCCAAAUCGGGCCGAAGCCUCCUCAUCCAACAACAAACAAUGACGCCAUACCAGUGGGGGGAAGACUCAGCUCCUUUCUAAGAUCUUGGGAGCAUGUAACAAACAGCCGGUGGAUCUUAAGUAUUAUACAAGAGGGUUAUCUGAUAGAUCUUCUCUCUUCCCCUCCACAGAAAUAUGUGAUCACUACCCUUCCCCCAUCUCAAAC